AUCUUCUCUGGCCUAAUCUAAAAUAGGCGCGCAAAGCAGUUCAGCUGUUACCAGUUGCGGCGUACGCGGCGUCGGCGGGGCGUAGUCGAAAAAGGCGCGCACGGCGAAUGAAGUGAGUAAACGAUAAUCGAACAGCGUUCGAAGUUGCGAACGUAAUUUCGAGCUUUGCUUUGCUGUAGUGCUGUAAAUCAUCGUCUUCGUCGCAUUUAUGACGUUGGAAGGCAGCUGAUGUGCGCGGCGUUAUACCGAGAGCAAUGUAAACGGAUGUCUCGCGCUCACUCGUCUCGAAGCGAAACCCGUAGACCGAUUGCGUAGGUUAUACCUGUUGCGAUAAUUGUGCGUAUUGCGUGUAUGUAUAUCGAGUCGCCAGAUCCAAAGUUCGCUCGCCACUUGCUAAAAAAUGGAUUCGUCCUCGCGGGAAUCGUCGGUGGAGCUGGAGAUUGCGGAGGACGACGAGCUGCUCGACGAGGUGCUGUGCAUGAACAACCGAGGCUCGAUCGUCACCGAGCCCGAGCGAAACAGCGCGAAGAAGGUGGACGGAGAUACGGAGAGCGGUGCGUGGUACGAGGACGACAAGGAAGGUACGGACGUUUGCUGGGCGAACGAGGAGAGGCGUGAGAGUUCGAGCGCGCGGCGCGACGAUGCCCGAGCGGAGCGCGCGAAGGGCCGGGAAGAAGUCAGGUACAUAGAGUACAAGGACAACGUGAGGAACCGGCCGGAUCCACCCUUUCGCAACACUUGGCGCAAGAGAGCGAGGCAGGAUAGUACGGAUUACAGGUGCACCAAGGUCUCUCGUAACAGACGCUACUCCAGCGACUCCAGUACGACCACCAAUUCGUCGGAGAGCGACAGAAAGCGUGUAGAGUACGAGGACGAUCCAAAGGUGCUGGCGCGUAGACAGAAGGAAAUUGAUUACGGGAAGAACACCAUCGGAUACGACAGAUAUAUUCAGCUGGUUCCCAAAGAGAACCGUACGCGAGAACAUCCGAGGACACCACCGAAACAUAUAAAAUACAGUAGACGGGGUUGGGACGGUAUGAUAAAGUUGUGGCGGAAGCAACUUCAUUCUUGGGAUCCUCCUCAGGAGAACGACAAGACUGAUAAUUAGGCGUAAAGUUCAUUUUGUCAUUCCGUUCAAACUACUGCCAUUAUUAUUUCCUUUAAUUUAUAUUGUAAUUGUAUUAUUUUACGCCUCUUAUUCUGUUACGUAUUGCUUCUAGUUUUUGAGACAUCUGUAUAAUAAUAUAAUUUAUAACUGAUCUUAAAUAAGAAAGAACAGUGAUAUUUUUGUUCUUAUUUAUGUAAUUUCAUAAACACAUUUUAGAGAGCUUGGUUACACAAAUAAUUUUGUAUAAAUAAAAUAAUGUAUAUACAUUGAAGGUCUCUUUUGAGACAACGCAAGUUUCUACUACUAAUUAGAUUAUUAAAGACAUUAAAU